GGCAGCGGCAGCGGCAGCGGGACAGAGGCAAAAACCAAGAAGACCAAAAGCAGAAAGCAAAAGGCAAAUGGGUUGUCGCACAUUUGAUAUGUACGGACGGGUCCCGGGUAUACUACUUAUGGGUAUAUCAGAAAUCCAAAUCGAUUGCCAGCCAAGUUAGUUUAGUUAGGCAGGCGUCUCUCUGAUAAGAUACGAGAGACCCAGCACCAGCUAAAGCACCAGCACCGGUACGAAGCCACAAACUAACCAGAAGAAGACGAACGGGCAAAGCGCACAAACAUUGUGCUGGAGCAACUGGCCGUGAUUACACAAUAGAACUUAGAACACCAUGAGCAACAGCAACAGCAACGGUAGUGAGCAAAAAAUUGCAUCUGUGGCCAGCAAUGGCAUUGAGGCGACAACACCCAUUGCCGGUGAAUCCUCAUCCAGCUGCAGCAAUGGCGAGGAGCUGAAGAUACUCGGCCAGCUAAAGACCAUUGAGCAGAUCAAUGAACAGCGUCGCAUCUUUCUAAACAGCACGAUAAGUGAGGAGACGAACGAGAAGAAGGAAACGAAAGUGGAGGAGAAGCAGGAGGAGAAGGAGGAACAAGUGCAAGUGGAAGCAAAACCAAACAGUCUCGUGCUGAAUGUCAAAUAUGCCACGCUACCCAGCCCCAACGUGGUGACAAUGCGUUCACCCAUGUCGCCGCCACCAAAGCCACCCAUGCUGAGUCGCACACGCAGCAUUGGCUCCGGUGAUGGACGUAGUCCGGUGACAAAUGGAGCCGCUGAUGCCACGCUGCUGCGUCAAAGCCUAACGGAAUCGGCACUAAGUGCAGCGACAACAGCGGAGGAACCAAAUGGAGCAGCGGAGGCAGAGCCACCAGCGACUGUGUCUGCACGGCACUAUGAAGGUCUGAUUGAGGAAUUGCGCUGUCCCGGCUGCGCUGGCGCCAUGAAGGCUCCCAUUUUGCUGUGCAAGAGCGGGCACAGUGUGUGUGAGCAGUGCACACGGAUAUUGCUUAUGUGCCCACUGUGCAAGGAAUCAUUCACCAAUUCACGCUCCCUGACGGUUGAGGCGCUGUGUGCCAAGGCACAUUUCAGAUGCAGCCAUGCAGCUGGUGGUUGCCAGGUGCGCAUGCCGGUGGCAUUGUUACCCUGGCAUGAGCAGCAGUGCAUAUACAAGCCAAUGAAAUGUUUUAUGGGCCGUGUGUGGGGCGAGUGCAAGUGGCAGGGCAGGGAGGUGCAGUGGAAGGAGCAUCUGGAGGAGCAGCAUGCCGACAAGCUUUUCCGCACACACAGCUCGGAUCUGGUGUGGAAUAUGGCGGUGCGACGCAAGCCCCUCACCGGCUACUAUGUCUUCCAGGCGCACGAUGAAAUGUUUAACUUCUACGAGAUCUACGACAAGCAGCGCAUCCUCUUCACCAUGACCUGCACCUCGAAUCGUCGCGAGAGCAAGUACAACUAUGCCUACGAGGUGACGCUGCUGCAGCCGGACAACGAGGCGCUGUCCAUGACCCAAAAGUUUCCCGUUCACAGCGAAUACGAUCGGGAUAUCCUCAUGGAUGGCACAUGCGUGAGCAUUCCCCUCAACGAGCUCUCGCGUUUCAUCGAUACCGAAAAGCAGGUGCUGCACUAUCGCGUGAGCGUGCUGGCGGUCAAGUCACCGCGUCGGGCCAAGCCGCCACGCCAGAGCCUGCCCGUGCCCAUCGACUAUGAGCAGACAAAGAAUGCGGGCGUCAAUGGCAAGAGUGUGCCGGCCAAUAUGAUUAUUACGCGCACAUACAAGGAGGGCAUGGGCGUGGUGGAUGUGGAGAUGGAGCCCGAGGGCGAUGGAGAUGCGACUGUCUCCACGCCCGACUCGGAGGAUGAUCCCAACACGAGCAAUGGCCUCGAGCUGGAGCGCAAAUGGGGCACCCCACAGUUGCACUUUAAUCGCAAGUAUCUAAGGAAUAUUCUAAGCGAAGGAGCUGCGGGCCAGCAGGAGGAUGAGUUGCGUCCUUUGUCCAGCGAUCGACGUGGCCACGGCGAGGACAAGCUCUCGUUGUGCAGCAACAGCAAUAGCUACACGAAAAAGGUCUCCGAUUCGUUGCGCAAGAGCUUCAGGGCCCUCAAGGCGGACAUUAUUGAGCUGCGGCCAUUUGCCAAGAAGUCAACGGCCAAGGCCCAAAUCGAUAAUGGAUCAUCGCCGCCCCGGGUCCACGCAAAUGUAGCCAAAUGACCGGCAUGCAUCUGCUACUCGGAAACUGCAAUGUAAAUAUUUUCUUUUCCUCUAUGUGUGUGUGUAA